CCGCGUCCGUUGCGUUUUCUUUAUUUGUUCCCAGACAAUUUUAUUAUUAUUUUAUGCUCCAUCUCUUCUCUCUUCACUUUUCUGUCCCGUAUCUUUUUGUGUAUCCAUGAGUUCUUUAGCUGACGACGGAAACAAAGGAAAAAGAAAAAAAAAGAAAAAACAAGAUGGAGUGGCAGAGCAACUCUUUUUGAACCAAAGAACUAGAGCCGAGAGCAAGAACAGGAACAAACAACCUCUGAAAAGGUUCAUGGCCACUACCAAGAUAAUCAACUCGCGCAUGGGGUACUUAUAGAGAUGCCUCCCUGGCCCGCGUUCAGCAGCACGCGAAGGUGCGCCCAAUAUUGGCCUGGGACAUCUUCCCCCUCCUCCUUCCUUUCCUCGCGACGCGCGACGCGACGCGUCAAAUCCAUCCUGUUUCAGUUUCGUGUUCGUGUUUCUUCCUCACAAACACGAACAUGUCCACCCUGUCCCCCCUGCUCUUCCUCUCCCGGCGACGUGUGUGCUGCCACAAAAAUACAGCCUCCGCAUUCAUCUUGAGCCAGCGUGUUCAUUCCACCAUCCUUCCAUCCUUUCCAUUCCUUCCAUCUCCCCCAUCCCAACGCACCAUGCUCUUCAGCUCCGCAGACAUCUCCCUUUGGGAAUCCGUUCUUGUGCAGUACGACGAGGCUCUACAACUCCACGUUACCAGCAAAAAGGACGAUUCCCUAUUGGACCUCGACCAUUGGUACCAAACCACUCUACCCUCCCUCCUCGUAUCCCGCCAACCCAAAUGGAUUGAUUCCAAAGAGCUUUGUCAGCUCAUGUCUUGGAAACUCAAGCGAGGCAAGUUUCGUCCGAGCCUCGCAAAAUUGGCAGCGUCGAAUGCAGACAAGGACGUGAAGCGUAUCAGUCAGGAGGCCUUCCAACUCCUUUCCUCAGAUCUGAAGACUGCCAUCACCAAAAUGGCUGAACUCAAAGGCGUCGGUCCCGCCACUGCUUCAGCCAUAUUGUGUGCAGGUGCCCCCGCAAAAGUACCCUUCAUGGCCGACGAAACCAUGGACUCGGUCCCCGGACUCGGCACCAUCGCCUACACGAUCCCAUAUUACAUCAAGUUCGCGACCAAAGUCAUUGAAAAGGCUGCAGAGCUUAAGAAAAAAGGAUCCACCAUCGUCGAUUCUCCUCAUCUCGUCGAGAAGGCCCUUUGGACUGAAUUUAUGCUCAACAAAUAUGGAAUUCAGAGAAAGAUCGCUGGAUCAUCAUCGACAUCAGCACGAGUAUCAGCACCAGCCUCAACACAGGAAAGAAAAGAAAGCAAUGCCACCAAGGCAGCAACAAAGGAAGAUGGCAGCAGUAGCAACAAGAACAGCAAACGAAAGGCAGAGGAGAUAGACGCAAAGGCCACAGGAACAGGAAUCAAGCAUCAGAAACAGACAUCUGCAUCCGCAAUGAAGACCAAAUCCUCAACAACACCAGCAUCAACACCAGCGCCAGCGGCAGGAGUGAGGCGAUCCGCUCGUAGUCGAUCAUAAAAGCAUGGAAUACUAAUUGGUACACCAUAGCGAUCUUGUAAAAAUACACGUGUUUCUUUAUUACA